AUGACAUCAAUGGCAAAGCCCUCGCUAGCGAACAUGCCCUCUGAUAGAAAACGUAAGGCUCCUAUCAUCAUGGUAGGAUCUCAAUCAAGAACAACCAACAAGUUGUCGCGGAGCGAUAAGCUGGCCAAACUCUUGGCAGUGGAAGAGAUGGCAGCUUUCCGAAGACGAAGAAGAAGGAGCUUUCAAGUUUCAGAAGUGUUGGAUCAAGCUGGCAUGAAGCUUUGGCGUCAGCGAGUUGUCCAAUGGUUCUUUGACGUUGUUGAUCAUUUCGAACUUCCAAGAGACGUGGUCUAUGUGGCUUCCGUGAUUCUUGAUUGCUACACCACUGACUACACCAUCGAUUCUGUCAUCUCAAGCUCUCACUACCGAGAAGUCUCAAUUGCUUCCAUCUUUUUGGCCGCUAAAACGCUCAAGCCAUCAAGAAUGCCAAUGGAAAGCUUGUUGCAAACCGUAGGCAAGACCUCCGGCAAGAUGACCCUUCCCCAAGCGAUGGAAGCGGUGCGAAGGGUAGUGUCAGCCCUCGACUGGACCUAUCCCAUUCUUGUCCCAUCAGUCUUUGUGAAGCAAUUGUUUGGAAUGGCUGCGCCAUUCUUUCCAGCAGGUCAGAGCAUGAGUCUUCCGUUGGAACACAUGCUCUACCUUACCGAAUUGGCAGUCCUGGGCGAUCUGUCGUCCUCGAGAUCUUUUGCGUCGGACAUUGCCUUGGCGGCACUGCUCCAGACGUUGAACCCCAAGACAGGUCCAGCGGAUUGCUGUUUGACCCAAGAAAGCUUUCAGUUGUCGACUGAAAAGCUUGGGUCAGAGUUGAAUUUGGACUGCUCCAACAAUGAGACUAUCCAAUUUCUCUGUCAAGAGAUGGCAGGUAUCCAUGCACAAAGCUUGGGCUCCAUUUCGUCCCACCAAGAACCUAAGUCAACUCCUUCAAAACCAACUCCAGUUUUGAUUGAGGAGGACAGUGAACAAGAAACCAGUUUUGAAGAAACUAUUUUUGAAGAAAAGAACCAAGUUGAAUCUUCAAUGUGUCGGUCUCCGGCAAAGCGGAUACGAACAAUUUGA